GUUUGACUCAAAAUUUAUUCACAAGUUAGUCGAUAAAUAUAACAUUGAAAGUUCGAUUCCUCGACGACCUAAAUAAGAAAAUAAAGGUGAUCGCAUUGGGAAGACAUACAAGAACUGUCUGAACUGAUCUAAUACCGUUGGCGUUGCAUGAACUCGAGAUGGCGAAUAUUCAGAUUCUUGUGUUGGUUCUAAUGUACUGUGGCCUUUGUCACGCAGCUUUUUGUUCUGACGACGAGCUUGCUGGAAAAUGUUGGGAUGACAAAAUCAUUCCAAUGGCAAUCGGAGCGGCUGUUGUUGCCUUCAUUCUUGGUAUUUCUGUUAUUUUACUUGCUGUCGCGUUGCUUUGCAAAGCAAAACGUCGUCACAGAACCAAAGUCAUGGUCUACAGGCAACCUUACAGAAAGACAGACAGCGUGAAAGGAGGAAUCCGAGAUAAUGCAGGAUUUGAAAGUGCCCGCCAAUACCAUGUUAAACGCCCUGCAUUGAGGGAUGAUUUUGAAGAACCAGCCUACAUUAUGACACGGAAUGCCGCAAGACCAAGUAAAAUUCCUGUUGCUGACUUAGCCGAAGAUGACAUGUCUGAAAGUCCCUCAUCUUCUCGCAUGCAGUGGAUACCUGAGGAAAAGAAAAUCCGGGCAAACGUUGCUGGACGCAGUGGUAUUUACCAAUGAUUUUCCAACCGUCGGACAUAUAUCCAUCCACUGACGUUUAAAAAUGUUACAUUGCACGUAUGCUGCAUUUCUAUGCAUGCUAUAACUCUAUAAUAACUCUAAAUUUAAUUCAAGUCGCUCAGUAAGUCAAUAUGAAUGCUGCACCCCGGUCCUAAUAUUAUCCAUUUAAAGUAUAUUUACAGUAUACCUGUUUGCAUGAUGUUACACGUUCGAGUUUCAAUAAAGUUCAAUUCACUACAAAUAUACUGUGACAACACUUCUCAUAUUUGUGGCUCAAAAUGUUGAUAAAGGUCAAUGGAAUGGUUAGAAUCAUCAAAGGACUUCGAGAACUGGAUUCGUGGCGUGUUCCGGGACUGAGGAAAUGGCGAGCGACGAAGCGUUCUUAUUUUAGAAGUAAGACGGAUAUGAACUGCAUGGU